UUUACGAAGGAAAGCAAGGGAAGAGGAAAGAAAAAUCCGACGUAGGGAGGCUGGCUAUAUAUAAGAAGUAGGGGAAUGAAGAGAGGGCCAGAGUGAGAGGCAACUGGCGAGAGGGGAGGCUGUCUUGGUGACACCUUCGCCUCUCCCCUUCCGUCUCACCCCCACCCCUUCGCCUUUUUAUACUUCCUUUUCCCCUCGCCCUUGGCGGAGAUGCCGAAGCGCGCGACGCCCGUUCCCGAUUCGCCCCCCGAGAGCUCCGCCAUGGCAGAUUGCCCCUCGGGCUCGGGCGGUGGCGAUGAGUCCCCCGAGGAAGAACGAGACGUCGACGAAGAAGAGGAGGAGGUGGUGGUGGAGGAGGAGGACGACGAGGAGGGGGAAGAAGGAUCGGAGGGAGAGGGAGAGGAGGACGAAGAGGGGGUGGAGGAGGAGGUGGCAGUCGAAGAAGAGGAGGGCGGUGCCGAGUCUCCUCCGGGCGAGGACGCCCAGAAUGCUAGUAAAAAAAUAGAGUCUGAUGGCAAUGGUAAAGAUCUGAAGUCAGUCUCCUCGACCCAUGAGAGGUCUAACAUUGGACAAACUUUGACUAUCCAUGGCCAGGAUCAUGUCAGCGACCUUACUGUCUAUGAUCCUCCAGCUAAGCUGCUAGCAGAGGAUGGCAAGAAAGCAUCUGCUAUAAAUGACAGGGACCCCAGGUCUUCCGUUCAGGAUAUACAUAUCAUGUCUUCCGAAGAGAAUAGGUUUCCUAAAUCUCAUCUAGCAGACAGGGAUGUUGAGGUUCUGUUGGAAAAGGAAACUUCUACUGAAGCUUCAAAAGAUGUGAGAAGAUACAGUUUUGAAGCUCAUGGCAGUUAUAAAUCUAAUUUAAUCUCUGGUAGUUUAAUUGGUGUCGAGGAUAGCAGAUUGUUGCAUGUUAAUGAGGACAAAUUAGCUGUCCAGAGCAUGAUUAGAAGUGUCUCUAGAUGUGGGAAGAUGGAUGGUGUUAUAGAAAAGGAUGCACCGAAUCCCUACCCAAACAUUGACUGGCAGCCUCCAGAGGAUGCUGGUAUAUUGAGCAUGCAUACUCCACAAAGGAGACCAAGGAGUUCAUCUCCCGGUGCUAUACUUGAGAUUUCAGGCAAAAGGCCUGCAAUAGUAUGUGACUUUUUUAAGAAAGGCUGGUGCAUCAAGGGGAAUUCUUGUAGUUUCCUUCACCUGAAAGAGGGGGAUGUCAGUAGCAGCCAGUGGGCCAGAGAGAAUAUGACUGAGCCAAGUACGAAGCGUGAUUUUAUGGAUCAUGCAGGUUUGAGAGAAGAAGCUCAAAGAUUGAAGCUGUCCAGUUCACAUGAGACCCUGGACUCAUUAAAUUUUGAGAAAUCUUCUAAAUUGAAUUUUCAAAGAGCCCUUGUCAGGGCAUAUGGUGGGGAGGGCUGUGGAUUAACCCCACUCCAUGAUGAAUACAACAAGCAAUCAUCAAAGAUUGCUACAGAAGAGCAUUUUAGAUUUGAUAUUUCUGGAAGCAGUAGGAAAUUAAAUCUUCCAAUGAAUGAUUUACGGCCGGCAUCAUUGGUUCAAGAAGGAUAUCAAAGACCUAUUGGUGUAAGCACUUAUCUUGACACAUUGGAUGAGAGGCGUUUGGCUAAUGGAGAAUUCCUCUCCAGAAGGUACCUAGAUGAAGGAAAGCUGCACCAGGAAAUGCCCAAAGGGGAGUUUCUGAAUAAUGCAACAUUUUCAAGUAUAUCUCCUUUGUCAAGGAAUCCGCUAAUCCCUGAAUAUGGAAAUUAUUCAGCUCGAUCCUCUGCAGCAACUUGUCUGUAUCAGAAUAGCAACAAUCCUUAUUCUUAUGGAAAAAUGGUGGAGGAUGUUGCAGUUCGAUCUCAACAAAGCCGCUUUCCACUUCCUGACCCGAAAUACACUUCUUAUAGUCUAAGCAGCUCAUUGAACUCAAGUUUUGACAGUUCUCUUCAGCCUCUCCAUGGUUCACCUUCAUUUCACUUGCUUCCUCAAAUAGGAGCAUCAUCAACUCGUGGAUCUGCACCCUUAAGUGCCGAGCAUCUUGAAAGCCAUAGAUCGUUCAAUUUUGAUAGAGGAUAUUAUGGUUCUAGGUCUGCUUCACUUCCAAGAAAAUCUUCACCAUACUACUCGAGCAGUAUGCAACAAGGUGUUGUAGGGGAUAUUCCACCGCCUGCUGGUCUGAAAAUAAAAGAAAAUUCUUGGGAGCCAUCUGAAUGUUUUCGAUCUUCUUAUUGUGCACCUCCAAGUAAAUCAUCUCCUGGAAGUCAAUAUGAUCCACUAGUUGAUUGCAUCGAGCAUCACAAAGCAGGAAAUGUAACUAGCCAAACUUAUCCAAUGACUAUUAUCCAGAGUGUGUCAAGUCAGCAUAUAAUUGGUGAUCCUAUUUUAAGCGGUCAUACCCCAGCAUAUAGUUCCCAGAAACCUCUGAAUUCUCUUAAUCACUCUACUGAAGACAUAAUUGAUAAGAACACAGCAGCACAUCAAUUUACUGGGUAUAUCACCCCAGUGGAUGCUCCUGGACCUGAUAGCAUUGAUGGGGGAAACAGUUUUAUGUCUAAAGAUGAGAAACACUGGGUACCUCAUGCAACUGAUGGUGAAAAUGUUAAUGAGGUGGACCUUGAUAGUAAUACAGGGAAUCAGGUAGACAAGGCUAGAAAUGACAAGGAAUCAAAAGCAUUAAGAAUUUUUCGUUUUGCUUUGGUGGAUUUUGUGAAGGAAUUGGUAAAACCAUUUUGGCGGGAUGGUCACUUUAGUAAGGAUGCCCACAAGAUGAUAGUUAAGAAAGCAGUUGAAAAGGUCAUUAGUUCACUGCAACCCCAUCAAAUUCCUAGUACUGCAGAGUCUAUAAACCAAUAUCUGUCCUUAUCCCGGACAAAAAUUUUUAAACUUGUGGAGGGUUAUAUGGAUAAGUAUGCCCGAUUCUGAGACUCCGACAUCUACAUAAUUUUGAGUUCUGUACAGAUAUCUGCUUGUGAAUCUUACCUAGACAUUUUGAAGACUUGCUUGAGAUACUAUUAUGGCAGAGUCCAAGCUUCUUUACAUGCUAGGCUGCAAAUUUUCUUCUGGUGAUCUUUGUUGUAGGUUUGUAGUUAAUCAUAUUAGCAAGGCAUUAAUAUCAGGCGAACUUAGAAAUUGUUACUAUGUGAACUUGGAUAAUGGGGGGGCCUAGAAGACAGAAAUGUUUUACAGUUCAAAAA